AUGCCAGCCACCAUCAGAGCGCGUUUGAAUGGGUGUAGGAGAGGCCCCGGGGUGGCGGUACAGAGGUUUCUGUCGGGCGUAGCUAGGUCCCUGUACCCGGACAGCACUCUGCUGAGCCGGUGCUUCAGGUCCUGCGUCUACCCACCGCCGGAAGAGGUGCCGGCCCUCCACGAUUUGUUGCCGACACGGCUGCAGGUCCUUUACGGCACAAGGAUCACGAUUCCGGGGAUGCUGUUGCAACAGUCCAUUCUGAUCGCGGCGGCAGACAACAGGUGGGCGAAAGAGUUCCACUUCGAGUGCAGGAAGGGCGAUGGGACAGUGAUAGAGGUCCUCCAUAAGCUCGCACCGCUCUCGGAGAGAGCGAGACCGGUCUUCGCUGCGAUGAAGUGGCCCGUGAGAGAGCAAGAUUCGGACACGUCGGGUGACGGAGCGCGGUUGAACAAGUGUGGUAGCUGUGGCAUGAGGAGCCACCGCGAGAAAGACCGCCCCCACGGCAAGGACAGGUGCGCUAACUGCGGCCGGAAAGGUCACUGGGCGAGGAUGUGCCCGAGGCACUACCUCACAGAUGAGGACUCAGGACUGAAGGCGUUCGCGGAGGUAGGAGAAGGCAAAGCAGUGCUGAAUGUCCGUGGAGCUAGAACCAGGACCGACUACCUGAAGGCGGUGCAGAAGUUCGUAGACAAGGAGCUGAGCGCCGACAAGAAAAAGAAGGACCAGCCGGCACCGGGAGAGGACGUCGGCAUGCCAGUGGCCGCGGUCGAGAAGGUAGUGCACAGUGAGGGUCCAGGGGGCGCGAAAUGUUGUCAUGAGCUGACAGAGGACAUGACGCUGGGGCCACGAGUCGCGGGAACCGUAACUGGAGGGUCGAGUAACGGCCGAAAUUUUCGGUAA